AUGCUGGACAUAGAGCGAGCCCUCAAGGUCUACUACUCUACAUUCCUGAUCGCUGUCGGGUCGGUCUUCAACAUUCUGUCCAUCGUCAUCCUCAGUCGGGGAGCUUUCAGGAACUCGACCACCUCCGUGUACCUUCGGUUCUUGGCGUGUGUCGACAUGUUCGUUCUCUACAACGGACUCAGCCGCCAUUUCGUGUCCGGGGUCUCAGGCUACAACAUCAGGAACCUGGACAGAUCCUUCUGUAAAUUCAACCAAUGGUCGAGCUCGUUCGCGCCGGAUAUCAGUGCAUGGAUCCUGGUCGCCGUGACCACGGAGCGGGUGGUGUCCAUUGUUUGGCCGCAUAAGGUUAGGACGGUUUGCUCAAAGACAACAGCUGCCGUACUGGUGACGAUCAUCUGUCUCGUCAUUAUGGUGUCCAAU